AGGCGGGGUGGGGACGGAGCGGCGGCGGGGGCUGCGGGCGGUCGGUAGGACAGCAGGGAGGCCGCGACACGGAGCCAGAGGGGUCUGGGCGGCGGGGGACGUGGGGAUCCCGAGCGUAGACGGUUGCAGGGUGACUCGAAGGGCGCGGGAUCCCAAGGAGACAAAGAGGACGAGAGCUGGAGAAGGAUCGGGAGAGCGGUGAGGGCUCUAGGGCAGGGGCGGGAUGGGAAAUCCGGGGCACACCUGGAGAGGAGACUGGGUCAAGAAGUAAGGCUUGUGCUUGGAAGGGACAGGGGACAGAAGUGGGUGAGGCCAGAGAAGAGCGGGGGUCGAAUGAGGGCUGGUAAGUUGGAAGACCCGGAGGUAAUAAGUUCUGAGGUGGUUUGAGAGGAAAGGCUGGGCCGGGGAAAGGGAGUUAGAGGGAGGUCCACGGGUGGUGAAGGAUAGCUGAGUGGAGGAUCCAGGGCCAGGUAGAGUACAGGCUGGGUCAGGGGCUCAGUAAGCAAUGAGCAGGGGGCGUCGGCAUCUGAAGCUAGUAUAAAAAGAAACAGAACCAGCUGGGGGGCAUAUCAGUCCAGAGGUUGGUGCAAGCUUGAGGAGAGGGCUCAGAGAGGGGGACCCUACAAAGAGGCCCUAGGCCAAGCCAGUGUAGUGCCUCCCCCAUGGGGGAAACCCCUUCCUGGGGCCAACGGAGCCAUGCUGUCCCGAAAGGGCAUUAUCCCUGAGGAAUAUGUGCUGACCCGGCUGGCAGAGGACCCUACAGAGCCCAGCUGGCUGCUCUUCGCCAUGGUCUGGUGGCUCAUCGCCUUUGCCCACGGUGACUUGGCCCCCGGAGAGGGCACCAAUGUGCCCUGCGUCACAAGCAUCCACUCCUUUUCGUCUGCCUUCCUUUUCUCCAUCGAGGUCCAGGUGACCAUUGGUUUCGGCGGGCGCAUGGUGACAGAGGAAUGUCCCCUGGCCAUCCUUAUUCUGAUCGUGCAGAAUAUCGUAGGGCUAAUGAUCAACGCCAUCAUGCUGGGCUGCAUCUUCAUGAAAACGGCACAGGCCCAUCGGCGGGCAGAAACCCUCAUCUUCAGCAAGCAUGCCGUGAUCACCCUGCGACAUGGCCGCCUGUGCUUCAUGCUUCGCGUAGGGGACCUCCGAAAAAGCAUGAUCAUUAGCGCCACCAUUCAUAUGCAGGUGGUGCGCAAGACCACCAGCCCGGAGGGCGAGGUUGUGCCUCUCCACCAGGUGGACAUCCCCAUGGAGAACGGUGUGGGUGGUAACAGCAUCUUUCUGGUGGCCCCACUCAUCAUCUACCACGUCAUCGACUCCAACAGCCCGCUCUACGACCUGGCUCCUAGUGACCUGCACCACCACCAGGACCUGGAGAUCAUUGUCAUCUUGGAAGGUGUGGUAGAAACCACAGGCAUUACCACCCAGGCCCGCACCUCCUAUCUGGCUGACGAGAUUCUGUGGGGGCAGCGUUUUGUCCCCAUCGUGGCCGAGGAGGAUGGCCGCUAUUCUGUGGACUACUCCAAAUUCGGGAACACCGUUAAAGUGCCCACACCACUCUGCACAGCCCGCCAGCUUGAUGAGGACCGCAGCCUGCUGGAUGCCCUGACCCUCGCCUCGUCGCGAGGGCCCCUGCGCAAGCGCAGUGUGGCUGUGGCAAAGGCCAAGCCCAAGUUUAGCAUCUCUCCGGAUUCCUUGUCCUGAGUUGCGGUCCCUCAGGCCCCCACUCACUUAGGUGGGCACAUGGAAAGUGAAGUACGGUAUGUAGAGUGCUGGGGUGCGAGCCCCUCGGCCAGAUGAGGGUCUGGCGUGGGACAAGACCCUCCUUGGCUCAGCCUCCCCGCCGCUGUGUGCCUGGGGUGUUACAAGAUACUUGUCACUAUGCUAUUUCUGGCCCCAGCAGGAGCCUGUACCGGGUUAUUUUUGUUCCUGCUCCUCCCGGGCUCAGCUCAGGACUGGCUUACCCUAUGUCCCUGCCCAACGAUGGGGAGGCUAUAGAAGGUUCAGGGGUCCUAAAGCUAAGGUCUGGAAGGAAGCCAGUCUUGGUCCUCCACGAUUCAUCCUGCCACAAGCAGGCAGGUAAUUGGGCAAAAGCAGCCCCCAAGUUGGGAGCCUAUUGCUGUUUCUGUAGCCACUAAGAAAUACCUGGCCAGGCCCCAGCCCUGUUCGUGCCACGCUAAAGAAUCCUGCCAGCCAGGGAGGAGGUGGGUGUCAGAGCGUGGGAGCUGAGGGGCCCACACAGCCACGACAGGAUAAGUUUACCUAGGCUCUCCUCCAUAUGGCCGGCUUAUGAGAGAAAGGGGGACAAGAAGGAGGCAAAUGAUUGGAGACCUUGAUGGUCCCGUUCAGACGCGUGUCUCUGUCCUCUACCCUUGACUCCAGCCUUCUGCAGAGAGAGUGGGGACUGCUGCCCUGUUUUGUCCCCCGGAGAGGCUGGGAAGUGGGGCAUUGGGCAAACACUGAGAUACCUGGCUGAGAGGCCGAAAAGGGUCCUGUGAGUGCCAUACAAGAUCUACUUCAGGCAAAACUCUGCUCUUGGCUCCCCAUGGGCAGCUGUCACUUUGUCUGGGGGACACUGGUGGGUAGCAAUGCCUUGUCUAGGUUGUCAGAAAAAGAAAUAUUGGAAAGUUCACCCUGGUGAGGGAAAGGGAGGUCUCCAAGGCAAAAGGCCCUUGGGCUUGACCUGAGCCCGGACUCUCAGAGCAGUGUAGUGUCCUCGCCCAGAACCCCACUGGCCCGUCGUCAAUAAAGCCUCCCAUCUGUGACCUGAACUCUGGGCUUUUCUUGCUGGGGAGGCAGUGGGCAUGCCACUGGGGGGAAAAGGCACUGUCAGAGUCUGCCACCUAGCAUGGCCCGGCAGGCAAGAGGCCAGAAAAGCUACUUAGACUAGCUCCUCCGUUUCCCUCACCUCAGGAGGCCAUCAUCCUUCCACCUCAGGUUCCACCCCCCCCCCACUCUCAGUCUGUCUGGCCAACUCCACCAUUUGACAUCCACCAGACAUCAUAGUCAAGGGCCUGGGCUGUCUCCUGACUCUGCUGGAAGGCUGAGGUGCCCAUGGGGAGGGGGAGGGAGGCUGUAGGCCUCAGGGGUAUUGAUUGGCUCAAAUCCUGGCUCCAGCUGAACCACCCUGUGACCCGGUUGUCUCGCCCAUGUUAAUAGUCCCUACCUCAUUAGGUUGAGCAGGUGAAAACACAUGUAUACUUGCUUCGGAAGUGCCUGGUCUGUACACAAGUGCUCAAUAAAUGUCAACCGUCGUGAUCGCUGCUGAGCUAGCCAUGUGAUGGGAAAACUAAACCUAAGACAAAAAAAAAAAAGAUGUUUUUACACUG